AUGUGCCAUUUGCAAAUUUUGUUGUUCUUAAUAACAAGCUCCAUCUUCUUACACGAAAGUAAAGCAGACAUUGAAAAUUCAGCCUGCGUCUACAUGAAUUCCAAAAAUAACAUCAGUAGCAUCAACACUUAUGACGGAGAUGACGAUCACCAUGAAAUCAGAACAGUGUUCUGCCUUCGUCAGAUGAACAUCUCAGUGGAUGGCGCCAAAGAGUACUGUAAAAAUAACUCUAUGAACCUUUUAGAUUUCAAAAACGAAUCUAUGAAAUCUAAAAUUUCGAUUGUCCUGCAAAAAUAUUUCAAUGUCGAAAGUUCUCCCCUCAUAAUUCCAUUGGAUGCCAGGAGGAUCAAAACAAUGGAUCAGAAUGAAUCAAAAGCAACUGCCCUGCAACUAUCAUGGUCAGAAAAAAAUGGUUUCAUUAUAAACUACAUCCCGGUGAAUAAAUCAGAGAAGCAUGCGACCCUUCUACAAACUAAGAAAUUAUACAGGCUGUUCAAAACUUGCCAAGGAAUAAUAAUUAAUAACAAAUGUUUCUACGUUUCAAGCAAGCCUCAAAAUUUGUCAAAUACCAUUGCCGAUUCUAGCUUAAUACACAUAAUACCUAGUCCUGAUAUAUUUUCAAGAUUGGUCUUCAAAAAUUUGGACACUCGCACCUAUUGGUUUGGUGAAGCUCUGUAUACAUGGUUCUGGAAAGAAGAUAGCGAAGACAGAGAAGAAUUUACAGUUCGUUCAACUUCUCAAAAUGAAAGCCCAGAAACGGAGGAAACUGAGUGCAUGUUUACAAAGUACAAUUAUGUGGCUGAUAGGUUUACAUGGAAAGCAGCUGGUUGCAAUGCCACUGUUGAAUCUGUUGUGACCGUCAUAUGCCAUGCAGAUCUGCCAUAUCCAACUACGUCAUCAUCCAAAUUCCUCUACGUAAUAAUCGUCAUCGCGGUCAUCGCCGGUCUAUUGGUGGUCCUCGGGGCAGUCCUGCGCAAAAAACUAGGUCACAGGUUAAGAAAGAGACCGAACUGCUGUAGUUGAGUGAAUAGUUGAAUGUGUGUUAAUCAGAUGAUAAGAGAUAUUUUUAUAAAUAACAAACGUAAUAAUAAUGAUAAUAAUAUACUACUUUUACCGCUACUGCUGCUACUACGCCUACUACAAUACUAUUUCUGCUGCUGCUGCUACUACUAAUAAUUAUUCAAACAUUAUAAUUUUAGAAAUUCAAAAGAUGACGAAAUGCUUACGAUGGAGUCUUCGCACUAUGCAGUAGUCCUCCCAUUCAAAUCGAAAAACUCAAAAAAAUCUACGGAGCUACCAAACUUGAAUUACGUGGACCUCAGUUUUCCCGCUGACGUUACAAACCACGUGACUUCUUCUAAAAAUGAACGAACAAACAACAACAACAAUGACAACAGCACUAACAUCGAACACGGCGACGAUGGUGAACACAUUUACAAGAACGUAAACACAGCCGGCAAACAAGCGGACAAUGCGAAAAAGAGAAAUAAGCAAAAGAUGAAACAGGUCACAAAACUACAGCCACGGAGAUGUACAACCAACAGAGUAAAAACAUCUGACAAGAACCAAGAUCUCAAAAACUUUUCUGAGUCGGCAUCAAUUUUGUUGACCUCACCUAGAUUAAUGUCACAAACUUCACCGAUCUCCCUUAUUACAAAUGACCUAUAUGGUAUUCCUUUAUUAGAGAAUUAUCAAAAAUCUUCAUCUAUAAAUUACAAAAACAACGAAGUUCGCGAUAAAUGUGAUAAAAAUAUCCAAAGAAGCCAAUUGAACGGCAGCGUUUACGACAAAGAGAGGCAAGUGCCUGACGAGGCGCACAUAUACGACAACAGCAACAUCAUGUACAAUGACGGAAACAUCUACUUCAAGAUGUACUCUCCCACCAAAUCAACACCCCCCCGUAUUGAGGCCGUCUACGAGUCAGCCUCUCCGCCUACAUCCGAGAAUAACCCGCAAAAAUUACCUGGUGUCAAUUCUUCAGAUGAAAAUAAUAGAAACGGGAUUGUUAACAACAAUCUUUCGGCUAUUUAUAGUCUGGAGAAAAGAGCUUAACAUUUUAUUGAGAGUAAAGCCGGAUUCAGAGAUAAGGCAGAGACCCCUAUCUAUCUAAUUAAUUAUUAUUUUCAGAUGUCUAAAUAGCCUAUAAAGAGUUAGUGACUAUUUUUCUGCUUAUUCUACUUCUUUAACACUCUUUUGCAUUAAAACCAAAGCAUUCGCGUUUGUUUUAUCUAUCUAUAUUCAAAAAAAGUAGCUUUUGUAGUUUUGCGAAAGCAGCAUUUUUUAUGAAGAGGUCCCAGAUUAUAGCCCCCGCCAGGGCUAUCUUAAAUCCGGCCCUAAAUGAUGAUCUCAACUUGAGAGAAUUUUCUGUAGAUUUUUCGCUAAUGCUUUCAUACUUUUUCAAAUUUCUGUUUGUGAAUGUGGUUUUAUAAUGGAAUGCUUAUGCUAUUUUUGCGUAUAUUUUGAAUAUUGUUCAUAUUUCAAAACUUGUAUUUUGUUUGAUAUUGUUUUUUUUCUAUAAUUUUAUUGUGAAUUGCUGGUCGAAAAAACGAAUUUAAAUUUCCUUAAAAUGAAUUCCUUCAUUAAAAUGUGCCAAAAAAUACUGAAUUUAAAAUUGAAAUAAAAGCAAUAUGUAUCAAUAAAUGUUGAUGAAACAUU